AAAACAUACAAAAUUCAGCCCAAUCAAUCCUCUUUAUUUUUAUGAAGUGGAGCAACGUUGUACGUGGAUAGAAGUAGUUCUUUUCCAAGCCUCCGCGAUCCGUGCUCUCUUACGUUUAGAGGCGGAUGUUCACAAUAGCCCUCUCAGAUAUUGCAAUACAUCGUGAAAGCUCGACUCUUCGUCUGCAAGCAAAAGCAGCUGUAGGCGUUUGGCAACUGCAUUGGAGAUGGAUUUUGGCCAGGAAUACAGAGCCAAAUCGGCAGAUACUCUGUGUGGACUAUCAUUAGUGUCAACUAGCUCGGAUCAAGUUCUUGCUGCCGCAGGAGGCAAGAAUAUUCGACUUCACUCACCUAGCACCCUGUCCUGCUUGAGCACCAUUGGUCUGCAGGACACGGUGCGAAGUAUUGCCGCCAGCAGUGCCGACCCGAACAUUCUCUGGUCAGCUAGUGAUGACGGUGUUGUAAGAGGCUGGGAUGUACGAUAUCCCAAAAAGGAAGCGAUGAAAAAAUUCUCUCCAACAUCGAGAACGGGACAGCUAUCAUCCGUGGCAUGCUGCGGGGAGACGGGCCGUGUUGCUGCUGGUACAGAGGCAAUAAAGGUAGAAGGAGAAGAUGCAGCAAGUGUCUUACUCUGGGAUGUGCGAGGAGGAGGCGCUGUGAUGGAAUAUGAUGAGGCUCACUCUGAUACUAUCACAAACCUUUGCUUCUCACCUUCAGACAAGAAGUACCUGUGCUCAGGAUCUCUAGAUGGUCUUGUGUGCAUCAUUGAUACGUCGGUAGCAGAUCCGGAUGAUACUCUCGAGUCAGUGCUGAACGCGGAGUCAUCAGUGUCGCAAGCUGGCUUCUUUGGCCCAGUAUCUGAAUAUGCGUAUUGCCUGACUCUUACAGAGACGGUGCUUUUCUGGCAUAUUGAUGAGGCACAGCAGCUUGGUCACCAUGGUGAUGUUCGUCAAACCCUCAAGGAGAAUUCGAAUAUCACUGUUAAUUAUUUAGUGGACUGCUUCUACCAGGCAUCAUCCACCCAAUUGACAGCAACAGCCGGGAAUCACAGCGGAGAGCUGUUCCUUUUGAAUGUCAAUCUGGAUGGAGUACAUCUCAUCAAAUCUCUACCCAAGCGGCACCAGACCACUGUCUGCUGUAUGAGCUACGACCAUGCGAAUCAGGUACUAUUCACUGGAGACGAUAGCGGAUCUAUAUGCAGUUGGUCAGAAGGUGGUUGCUCAUCUAAACAGACCGCUGCUUCAUCACCUGAGGAAAACCAACCAUCAUCACAGCCUGCAAGCAAGGUCAAUGCCCCCAAAACAGAACCCCCGUCUGCGGAGGCUGCAACAGGGUCAGCCAAUCGUCAGACGAAGAUGAAACAGCAACACAAGUCUGGUAGAAAGUUCAAGCCUUACUAGGCCAGGGCCAGCAGUAUUUUUCAUCCUAAUACUAGUACUCAUUACUCUUGUCAUCAAUAAAAUCAAUAAAAUGGUACAUGAAUGCUAAUCUGCUUUUGCGCCUUGAAGGUCUGUCAACGAUUAUCCUGCUGUGUGCGUGCGUAUGUGCGUGCGCGUGUGCAUAUCACACAUAUUUGGUGUAGACAUAUUCACUUCAAGAUGAUACUGCCCUUCCACACGGUCUUAGCAGCAGCGACAUCCAAUUCCGCAGCCUUCCCAGCAUGGAUUCUAUCUGCUGUCAAUGCCAUUUGUUUACAAACUGGCCCUUCCUUGAUAUAAGCAGUCAUCUGUGUUUAGCAUUGAACAUGUUCACAUUUAUAUUUGAUUUUAUACGCGACUAUGGUAAGUAGUUUGCAAAGACUUGGCCUUGCAGAGAGUACGAGUACAUGUUGCGUACAGAGUUCAA